AGGAGAUGUAUGUCAAUGUUUGUAAAGCAAUGUCAGAUAAUUGCACAAUAAUUGUUCAGAAUAUUCACACAGUGGAGACGUUCAGCGAGUUAUUUCACGCACCAGUGACAGUUAAUGGCCGUGCUCAGUUGCAAGGGCUCCUCGAUACAGGGUCAAUGGCCUGCACGAUAAGUGAAGAGGCAGAGCAGAGACUGCUAUCAGAUAGCGUCUUGACCCAACAGCAAGAACUCCCGCAGCGCAUCAUCCUAGUUGGCUGUGGAGGAGUACGGGUGAGCCCCAAGUGCAUGUAUGACAUGGAGCUGAGUCUGUAUGGGGUGAAGUGCAUGGUCCCAGUCCUGGUAGUCACUGGUCAGAGGGAUGACGUCAUAGUAGGCACCAAUAUGUUGAAAUACGUGCUGCAUCAGCUGAAAAAUGAGAACAGUUACUGGACACUUAUCUCGCGCAACACAAAAGGGUCUUCAGACGGUGAACAGUUUUUGGAGAUGAUGGCAAGCCUCACGAGAUGGAGGGGUGAAGAUGUGCCGGAAAAAGUAGGGACAGUGAAACUAACCCAGGCGGUGACUCUUCUUCCCAAACAAGAGUACCUGCUGUGGGGUAGACUGCCCAGUAAUGUGCCCAAGUCACCUGGGAGCACAGUUGUGGUCGAGCCCACCACCUCUAGGUGUGUGCCUCGGGGCAUCAUGGUGGGGAAAGUUGUAACGCCGCUGUGGGGAGAUGGCUGGACUCCCAUGAAAAUCACCAACAUCUCUGAUAAACCACUCACCCUGAGAAAGAACAGCAAGCUCGCAGACGUGUCUACUUGUGUUGCAGCUGAAGACUUCCCGCUGUUCCAGGGUUCCUUUCAGAGUGAUGCUGGCUCUGCUAAAGUGACUCAUGUGAAACAGGAUGACAACACUGAUUUGAAAGACAGGCUUCAGAAGUCUGGUCUGGGAAAUGUCGACAUUGAUCAUUGUGAAGCGAGCCCCUCCACCAAGCUCCAACUUGUGACAUUGCUGGAAAAAUAUCAGGAUGUAUUCUCAAAGCACCAUCUAGACUGUGGGGAAGCCAAGGGCUUUGUACAUAGAAUCCGCCUCACUGACGACCGUCCCUUCCGUCUUCCGUAUCGUAGAGUGCCGCCAGCCCACUAUCAAAAGCUGCGCCAGGUUCUCACCGAGAUGGAAGAGCAGGGAAUCAUACGUAAAUCAAUGAGUGAAUAUGCCUCCCCACUCGUGAUGGUUUGGAAGAAAAACGGCGAUCUUCGUAUAUGCACAGAUUUUCGAUGGCUGAAUGCGAGAACCAUCAAGGAUGCUCAUCCUUUGCCCCAUCAAUCAGACUGCUUGGCUGCUCUUGGCGGUAACACUGUCUUCAGCACCAUGGACCUCACGUCUGGUUUUUAUAACCUGCCCAUGCAUGAAGAGGACAAAAGGUAUACCGCCUUUACAACACCACUAGGCCUGCACGAGUAUAACAGGAUGCCGCAGGGGCUUUGCAACAGUCCAGCGUCCUUCAUGAGGAUGAUGUUGAGUAUCUUUGGUGAUCUUAACUUCAGCAGUCUUCUGUGCUAUUUAGAUGAUCUGAUUUUUGCCCCCAAUGAACAGCAGGCCCUCAGCAGGUUGGAAGUUGUUUUUCAGAGGCUGCGGGAGCACAACCUGAAGUUGAGUCCGAAAAAGUGCCAUCUGUUGCGGAAGUCCGUGAAGUUCCUCGGACACAUUGUUGACGGUGACGGUGUUGCUGUUGACCCGGAGAAGGUUGAGGUCAUCGCCAAAAUGUCGAAGAGGGACUUGAUGGAAUAUGAUAGCUGCACUCCUUCAGUCCACAGAGUCAAGUCGUUCCUGGGGAUGGUAUUUUAUUAUCAGCAUUUUAUACCAAAUUGCUCUUCCAUCGCAAAACCCCUGUUUGCCCUCACAGCUGGCCAGAAACGGAGAGGAAAGGCUGGAAAGUACAGUCAGAAUCCAGGAGUCUACAGAAAGCUCAAACCUGCAGACUGGACCCUUGACUGCGACACUGCCUUCGCCAGCCUUAAGGAGAAGCUCCUGAACUGUGCAGUCCUCACCCAUCCAGACUUCUCUAAGCCCUUGGUUCUGUCCAUUGACGCAUCUCUUGAUGGUCUUGGGGCAGUUCUGUCCCAGAUACCAGAAGGAGAAACGAAGGCACGCCCGAUCGCCUUUGCCAGCAAGACCCUCACUGGCUCACAAAAGAGGUAUCCUGCCCACCGCCUAGAAUUCUUGGCGCUCAAAUGGAGUGUUUGUGAAAAGUUCAGCCACUGGUUGAAGGGCCACACUUUUACAGUGUGGACCGACAAUAAUCCUUUAACUUAUAUAAUGACCAAACCAAAACUUGACGCUUGUGAACAAAGGUGGGUGGCAAAACUUUCCCCAUACACUUUCAGUAUCAAACACAUCCCUGGGAUAAAGAACAUCGUGGCAGAUGCCCUAAGUAGAGAUCCUUUUGCUAAGUCAGUGAGUCAGAGGUUGAUCAGCGAGCCAUAUAAAAGUCUUUUGGCUGAAGCAGAGGGAACCAAGGAGGAAAAAGUCCAGGAUCUCUUUCGGUGCAAGAUCCAGUGUCUCCAGGCACACGAUGCAGGCUGUUGUGUAACCAUGGGCACCGCUCGAGACAGGCUGGCUGGCAGUCAAGAACCCUUGCAUGUGAGAUCUACUUGUGAAGCUCACGUAGAGUGGGAAAGGGGAGCAGAGAUAAGAGCAACACAGUUUCUCAACGCUCUUUCCCAGGCGGUGCCCCCAGAACAGGAUGCACCUCCAGGCCUGUCUAUCGGCGAGCUAAGGCACAGCCAGGAAACUGAUCCAGUUAUCAGGGAGGUCCUGCCACUCGUUCAGAGGGGUGAGCCACCACCUAGGCGAAGGAGAAGUAGGUUAGCUCCUACGGCCCAGACACUGUGCAAACAGUGGCAUCAUCUUAAAGUCCUGGACGGAGUCUUAUAUAGGGUAACCAAAGACCCUUUGAGCAGAGAGAAGAGGUAUCAGUUUGUGCUGCCUGUUAGCUUGAAGGCCAAGGCUCUCGCUGGUGUGCAUGACCUCGCUGGACAUCAAGGGCAGGCUAGAACAGCACACCUCGCCCGACAGCGUUUCUUCUGGCCGCAAAUGGGAGGAGACAUCAAGGAAUAUGUGAAAUGCUGCCAACGCUGUAUCCUUGCAAAAACCCCUGAACCAGCUGCUCGAGCUCCCUUGGAGAGCAUUCGCACUUCGGCACCCAUGGAACUGGUGUGCAUUGAUUUUUGGAGUGCUGAGGACAGUAAGCAAAGAUCUGUGGAUGUAUUGGUCAUAACAGACCACUUCACAAAAUUGGCUCAUGCGUUCCCCUGUGUCAACCAAACUGCAAAGCAAAUAGCGAAGAAGUUAUGGGAUAACGUGUUCUGCAUCUAUGGUUUUCCAGGGCGAGUACAUUCCGAUCGGGGAGCCAAUUUUGAAAGUAAACUCAUAUCCGAACUCCUCAGCCUCACAGGAAUUACGAAAACACACACCACGGCAUACCAUCCCAUGGGAAAUGGGCAAACCGAAAGGUUCAACAGGACGCUUGGCAGUAUGUUGCGUGCCCUACCGCUGGCAGCCAAACAACACUGGGCCCAACAGAUACAGACUUUGACCUUUGCAUAUAAUGCCACCAUUCAUGAAACGACUGGAUAUCCUCCAUUCUACUUGAUGUACGGUCGAGUUCCCCGACUCCCGGUAGAUAUGGUCUUCAAACAAGUCUUGAAGGAUCCAGUCGUGGUGAAUUAUAAGACCUAUGCAGAGAAGCUGAUGGCGAACCUUCAUGUGGCUGCCGGCAUAGCUCAGCAGCAUGCGAGGAAAGAACAGCAACAUCAGGCUGAUGGCUAUAACAAGAGAGUACGUGGAACCCACUUGAACGUUGGCGACCGAGUUUUGCUUGCCAAUAAAGCGGAAAGAGGGAAGAGGAAGCUAGCGGACAAGUGGGAGCCCACCAUGUAUACCAUCAUAGACCGGAAUCCUCAGACUCACGUUUACAAAGUCAGGGAUGAGAGUGGGAAAACCAAAGUCGUUCAUCGGAAUCUAAUGUUGGACGUGAGCUUCUUACCUGUCCCAGAACAAAGCGGAGAGGAGCUGGAUGAAGAUGCCUCGGAUGUGGUCAGUGAGUUCCAGCCUUCCUCUGUUGAUGCCUUGAGUGGCCUGGCAGUAGACGCUUCUGAGGACCGUACCUGCUCAUGGUUAAAUGCGUCAUCUGAUGUCGAGUCUGAGUUUGAAGUUGAAGCUGAUGAGUCUGAAAUGGAGAAUGAGAUACCCCACUCUCUGUCCAGAGACUUUGUUCAACGGACAUCGACAAGAACCCAGUCUGAUGAGGUCAGAGGUCAAGGGGAAAACGAAUACUCACCUGUGAGAGACUUACCUGGUUCCAGUGUGCCCCCUGACUCACACCUGACUGACACUGACUCUGACUCUCCGACUGCAGCUCCUGACUUAGGCGAGACGGAAUCCCCAAACAUCACCUCACCUGUUACAAUGACUGAUAGUCAGACACCCACACAAGCACAAGGGCCUGAGAGACAGGUAGUCAGGACACGUACUGGUAGGGUUGUUAAGGCAGUCAAUCGCUUGAUAGAGAACAUGGUGCAAAAACCACUCACCAAGGGUUUUGUUGAAGGGGUCAAUAGAAGAUCACUGUCUUUGCUCAGCCUAUUUUAGACAGAGUGAUGAAUUAAAAAUCUGAGUAUUGUGUUAAGUUUUUGUUUAGUGCAUACAUUCUGAUAGGGUGUUCAUAUUGGAGGGGAGAGUGCCAUGAUUGUAUAUGGUGUAAAAGGCACCAUAUUUACUAAAAGAGAUAGUAGCCUGAUCAACUGCUGUUUUCUUUGAACUUACCUCGUAAGUAGCUUGAUAUGCUGUGUGAGGAAUUAGAUUUCCAGGGUUACUUCGGAUCAUGUGAAUGUGAACAUUAUGUUUUGUAUUAAUGAUUUAUUCCUAGUGAAUUAACCCUCUGUGUUCAGGAUUUUGGUGAAAUUAAAGAGGGGUGAAUGUAACAGAUAUGAGAAAAUGUGUAAGUCUUUUUUUGUUUUCAAUUGCGUUUGGUUCAGGUCAAUAUGUUUUAUUUCUCCAAAAUCCUUGUUCUGCCUUGUAUAAAAUUAGCUUUGGUAUUGGGAGUUAUAUUAUUUUGUGUAACAGCGCCCUCUGUGGGAAGAGUGUAUUAAGUGAAUGACAUCGCGUUCGCUCGUCAGUCUGUUUACCAUUGACUGAGGGGAGGCUACUGUUUAUAUGUAUGGAGAAAAACCACAUCCGUGCUCUUAUUUGAUUUAUUCAGGUAUGUACUCCCAUUACCAUGUUUAGCAAAUGUGAUGUUCAUUUACAUGUAUUAUGUAAGAAGAUCUAAUCAUUGUGGUGUAGUCCUGUAUGUAUUUAUGUUGUAGCCUAUGUGUGAACAGGUUAGAUUUAAGAUAUAUUUCCUAAGAAGAACAUGCAAUGUGAUCGGAGAAAAAACAGCCUAAUGCGAACAUUUAUUUUCCAUAGUAAUUCUUUAUUGUAUUUUGUUUUAUGCUUUUUGAAUGAAUGCAAUUCAACGGUCAGUCUGUUUACCAUAGACUGAGGGGAGGCUACUGUUUAUAUGUAUGGAGAAAAACCACAUCCGUGCUCUUAUUUGAUUUAUUCAGAAUAAAGUGCCUAAGGAA